CACACAGGACGGAGCAUGGCCAGCCUGCGGACCCCGCUCCUAGUGGCCCUUGUCCUCCUUGCGGUGGCACUUCAAGCAACUGAGGCAGGCCCCUACGGUGCCAAUGUGGAGGACAGCGUCUGCUGCCGGGACUACCUCCAGCGGCCCCUGCCCCUGCGUAUGGUGAAAUAUUUCUACUGGACCUCGAACUCCUGCCGGAGACCUGGCGUGGUCUUGCUAACCACCAAGAACCGGGAGAUCUGUGCCGACCCCAGGCUGCCCUGGGUGAAGAAGAUUCUCAGGAGGCUGGACCAAUGAGGAGGGGCCCUGCUCUGAUGACCAUGGCCUUGGCUCCUCCAGGAAGCCUCACGGAGCCCCACCUCCCUGCCAUUACAGCUGCUCCCUAACGGAAGCCUGCACCAGCAACUCUCUCUGCAUUCCUGAUCUUCAGCCCUGCAGCUGUCACCCUCAGUCCGGCCUCCACACUGUCACUCCUAACUCCCCUCCGACCCUUCCAACCCAUCCUCUGCCCCCUGUAGCCACAGGGUCCACAUUCCGGUCAGUCACUCCCUUGCCCAGUAUCCUUCCAUGGCUCCCCACUUCCCUAAGCUGAGGUCAGAGCUCCUGGGCCCAUCCCUAUCUCCAGCCUUGCCCCCUUCCCGGCAUGCAUAUUGGGCUCCAGCUCCCUGUUCUCCAAACCCACGCUCUACAUUUGCCCGAGAUGCUGCUGUCACCCAGAAUGUCCUUCCCACUGCCAGCAUGUGGGGAACCUCACCAGCCCUCCAAGGCAUUGCUCAGCCCAAGCAGUCAGUGAUCAGGUUUCAAGUUUUAGACUUUCUCUGGCCCUCUGGCCCCCUGAACAGCCCUAGUCACAGUCUGCCUGGAUUCCUGUGACUCAGGAGCUUGUCCUCCAGCCCCGUUGGUUGGACCAAGGUUCCCAUCUGAGUUGCUCUGGUCUCUGGGCCUCCAGCAUAGAGCAGGGGAGCUGGUUCAGGGCCAGAGCCGGCAAGUGGCUGCAGGCUGAAUCCGUGCAGCUAAUGUCCUUCCCCUCUGCUCCCCCACAGAAGGCACUUACAUGUCAGCUCAGAGACUCAAGGUCACUAGCAAGGGGCAGCCGGGUCAAUGGUGAAGCCCCAAAUCUGCCCGGAUUCCCCUUUCUUCCCCAUUUGACCUGCCCCUUGGGUCUCUCUACCCUUCUUUCUUCCCUCGGGCUUUUGGUGGUCCUCCCACCCCAACACCCAGGCCGGGCCCCUCCCGCACACUCCUCCCCACCACUCCCCCCAGCUCCUUCCCCACAUAGUUGAUAAGCUACUCCUGGCCCUGGCUUGAGUGAAUGACCACCCCAGUUGGUGUUGAAAGCUCUAGUGCUAUUUGCAUAUGAAAACUGCAUAAAUACUUAAGAGGCCAAAUGGAUCAAUGGAAGCAUUUUAACAACUGUUGGGGGGCGGUGGGGAGAUCCUGGCCUUGGGGGGCAGCUGGCUGUGGGGGAGUAGCCUGUGUGCCGUGGGGGGUGCAGUUAUGUGGAGGAAUCUGGGUGGAGACUGUUCACGAGUGGUUGGGGCCAGGUCAAAGACAGGCACACCUCCCUGGGGACAGCAGUGUCCCAGGUAAAGAAACAAACUGUACACGCGCUUUCUCCUUUCUGAGGGAGCCUGGUGCAGCUCAGGUUGGAGCUGUGUGACCCCAAGGAGAUCAUGUCACCUCUCUGAGCCUCACCUGACAAAUGAGAAUGAGAAUGUCCACCUUCCAGGCUUGCUCUGGGGUCAGGUUGAAAGUGUAGGGAAUGACACUUUGCAAAGGCAUACCGCUCCAGGGCCUGUGUCUCUCCUGGAGUCCAGGGUCACCUGCCUGCCACAGGCACUAGAAGUGCUAACCUGUCCACUGCCCAUGAAUGGGGCCCUCAAGGGUCCUGGGAUCUCUGUCCCCUCCUGUCCUGCCCUUGUCCCUCAGGACUUCUAGAAAAUAAAUCCUUUAAAAUAG